UAAAAAGGCAUCCUGUCACCCGAACAGACAAAACCUUGACCUUCCACAGCGUCACAUCGGACCGGACCACCACUUUGCCACUACAUCCCACCAAACACCCAAUACAGACUCACACACAUUCACAAUGGCGCAAACACCCCAACAGAGACGCGCAAACGCAAAGUUCGCCAAGGACAACGAGUCCCGCAUGGGCAAAUCCGAGGAUCAGAUCAAGAAGCGCACCAAGGAGGCGCCCAAGUCGCCUAUUUCUCCUGUCUCCUCGCCUUCGUCAUCUUUGGCGGUAUCGUCUUUGAGGCCUGCUCUCGCAUGUUUGGCUUCUGAAUUGAUUCGGCCCUCAUUCGCACUCAGUCAUAAAAGAUCAUCCAGGGGAAGAACAAGGGGUUAGGAAAUGAGAGCGGGAUCUGUCUGACGAGGGCUUUUGAUCCCCGCUCAGUAAGCCACCAGAGUUCCUGCUCGUUUUGGCGUAGGAAGGAC